UUUUGACUAUCAACAUACUGUAGUCUCUAUAGUGCUUCUCUACCUGUUGAUCCAAAUAUUUCGUAUUUUCGUUUGUAGCAACAGAAUGGUUUCAAGACUCAAGACUGUGUUUUGCAUUUGUUUCUUUCUUGCAUUGACUGGAAAAUGCAGACCCAAAUAUUUCAGCGUAGAUACUCCCAUCAUGCAAUAUGUUCUCAACAAUUCAAUGAGGGAACCACCAGUACUGGAGAAACUCAGAUUGAAAACGCUUGAAGAUCCUUGGUCCGGCAUGUUAGUAACGAGUGUAGAAGCUCAGCUCAUGGCCAACCUGAUAAAACUGAUUAAAGCCAAAAACACCAUAGAAAUAGGAAUGUACACGGGGUACAAUGCUCUCAGCAUGGCCCUGGCUCUUCCCCAGGAUGGCCGUGUGGUGGCCUGUGAGAUCAAUGAGAACUACACCAAUAUGGGCAAGCCUUUCUUCCAAGAGGCAGGAGUGGACCAGAAGAUUGACAUCCGCUUACAACCUGCCCUGAAGACCCUGGAUGAUCUCCUAGCUGCUGGAGAGGCAGAGACCUUCGACUUUGUCUUUAUUGACGCAGACAAGCAGAACUAUGAAAACUACUAUGAGAAAUCCCUGCAGCUUGUGAGCAAAGGUGGCAUUAUUGCCAUUGACAAUGUUCUGUGGGGCGGGAGGGUCAUUGCCCCUGCAGAGGACGACCUGGCCACGCAAACCAUUGACAGACUGAAUAAGAAACUGCACAAAGAUGACAGGAUCGACCUGAGCUUACUCGCUGUGGCAGAUGGCCUAACGCUGGCAUUCAAACGCUAAUUAACAUGGAAGGGAAGACAGUUUUCUCCAGCAUAAAAUGUCUGUACAACAAUAAAUGUUUAGGCCUUGCAGUUGUGGCCCCCUGUCCCCAUGCACCUUAACUUCCAAGGACAACAAGAAGUUAGAAAUAUUGUGUGUGUGUUUGUGUAUUUUUUCUCUGUCUCUUAUGCAUUUCUAGGAUUCAAAACUAGUGAGCUUGGCCUUAAAAAUUAUUUAAUUGAAAACUUGUUUAUGUAAUGUUGAAGGCUAAAAGGUCACUGUUCAUUCAGUAGUCAUGCUAUAUGGUUAGAAACAACCAAACAUUUAUUUUGUUAGAUCUUACUAUAUGCUUAUGUAUUAACCAUGUACCAAUCAGAUGUUGAAUUAUGUAUGUUAUUGGUAAAUUUUGCUUAUAAACAGCAGGGGCUGCUUCAGUUUUCUUCAGUUUGGGCUUGUCCAUCUUGUUGUGUGUAAGUGCCGGACUCAAUCUGGAGAAAUAAAUUCUAUUUCUUAUAUGGA